AUGUGGGGUUGGCCCGCUGCAUCCCUCAAAGAAAAGAUUAACCGAAUGUUUGGUGGAGAGCAUAUUAACAGCGCAGAAAAUAGAUCAGUGCUUCAUGUAGCUCUUCAUGCUCCAAGGGAUGCAGUUAUACAGAGUGAUGGGGAAAACGUGGUCCCAGAUGUUUGGGAAGUUCUGGAAAAGAUCCAAAAGUUUUCUGAGAUUAUUCGAAGAAAAGCCCUGAAGGAUGUCAUUGCUGUCGGUAUCAGUGGCAGCUUCUUAGGUCCUCUUCAAACAGAUUUAGAUGAUGCUUUCCAUUUUGUCAAUCUAUAA